AUGGGUGAAAUAGACGACGAGACAAGAUGGGUAGCACAAGCAGAACUAAAUUCAAUAGACAGAUUAAUCAUCUCAUGGAAUGGGAAGGAGUGGCCCUAUAAAGGCGGAUUGUUGUCCGGAUGGCGGAUCACAUCUUUGGUGGGUACUAUGGUAUCUAUGGCUAUAGGUCGGUACAUUAUACAGAAGAAUAACAUCCCUGGAGCUCGUGCCGUUGGCAUGGGUGAUGACAUCAUCUUAGCCUCUCCUUUAUAUGGGCUUACACAGGAGCAACUCUUCGACAGUUACGCAGAGACAGGGUUUAACAUCAACCUUCUAAAAACUAUAUCGGGACCAAUAGGAAGUAUCGAAGAAUUGGAGGUGCCGGGGGUAGACAGGGAGGAAAAGGCUGACGCCCUGGCGGGGAAGCUUCGUAUUGUGCUGUCGGAGGAGGUUUUGGUGGGGAAGCCCGUCAAGUGUGCGGACCUCCUUAUUCGGGACCUCGACGACAGCGUCACCGAAAGGACGUUGCAGUGGCGGUGGCUUUCAUGGGUGGGUGCCCGGUCGAAGCGAUCAAGCCGGGGAAGAUUAUGA